GUGCCAGGAUUGGGCUGAAGGACACAAGAAUCUGAUUUUGCAAUCUCUUGUGUUCUGAUGCAGCGUGCAGCUGGCCAGACCUCAUUUAACUCCAGUAGUUAAGCAAUGAUUGAGGUGACAUUGAAUGAGAACUCGUUUACCAGAGAUCUGACUGUAUAUUUAGAAAAUCAGAUCAAAAUCAAUCUGUCAAGUUCAGGAGUAGGUUUGUCUCUUGUUUUGGGAUUCGGUGCUGCUUAUGUCUGUUAUUACCUGAGCUCAGUUGCAAAGAAGCCACAGCUUAUCACUGGGUCAGCAACCCUCUCUGAAUUUCUGCACAGAUAUUGUCCUGUGGUAACAGAGACUUAUUAUCCAACCUUUUGGUGCUGGGAAGCAAGAGUUCAGACACUACUCAGGCCAUUCAUCACAACCAAACCUUGGGUGGAAUACAGAAAUGAACUCAUUGAGACAGCAGACGGUGGAAAUAUUUCCUUGGACUGGAAUAAUAAUGAUGACAAUGCACUCUAUCCUGUUUCUGCCACAAGACCAACGAUACUUAUCUUACCCGGACUUACAGGAACAAGCAAGGAAUCAUACAUGUUGCACAUGGUUAAACAGAGUGAAAUACUUGGAUACAGGUCUGUUGUUUUCAACAACAGAGGAGUUGCUGGAGAGACACUUCUGACUCCCAGAACAUAUUGCGCAGCUAACACGGAAGAUUUGGAAACAGUCAUUUUUCAUGUACAGAAUACUUUUCCAGAAGCUCCUUUGAUGGCUGCUGGGGUCUCAAUGGGCGGAAUGAUCCUCUUGAAUUACCUGGGUAAGAUUGGCCAGCAGACUCCACUGAAGGCAGCGGUAGUCUUCUCCAUUGGCUGGGAUGUAUUUGCCUGCACGGCUUCCCUUGAGAAACCACUUAACUGGAUAUUAUUUAAUUACUACUUAACCAAUUGUCUUCAAGCUUCUAUCUCCAGGCAGAGACAGAUGUUCGAUACAUUAUUUAACAUUGACUAUGUCAUGCAGGCAAAGUCAAUCAGAGAAUUUGAUGAACGGUUUACAUCAGUGAUGUUUGGUUAUAAGACAAAUGCUGAUUACUACAAAGAUGCCAGUCCCUACCAUAAACUGAAAUCUAUUGAAGUUCCUAUUCUGUGUUUAAAUGCAUUAGAUGAUGUCUUCUCACCAGCUUAUGCCAUACCUAUGCAAUCUGCCAAACAGAAUCCAAAUGUUGCACUACUACUAACUGCACAUGGUGGUCACAUCGGCUUCCUGGAAGGAAUAUUUCCUCGACGAAUGACUUACAUGGACAGACUCUUCAAACAGUUUAUACAAGCGGUUUUUGAGCACAAAGACGAACUGAAAAGUGCAUAACUCUUCAAAUCUGUUCAUUCCACUUCUUCAUAUCUAUCAUCUGCACCCAAACUGUUGAAAAUCCCUAAACUGCGCCUUGAACACAUUAUGAAGUACAUAUUUACUUGUACCAUCAUGCAUUUAAAAUUCCUGGCUGUCUUUUACUUUUAAAAAUUCACCCAAAAACUAACAAAGAGAUGAAUGACAAAGAGUCGAGAUUAGUAUAAAUCACACUAAAUCUCCAUUUAUACACAAAGAUCUUUACCUAAUAGAGCUAGUUAUUUUUUUGUUAAUUUAAAAUAUUCACGUUUUCAUUUUAUAUUAUCAUUUUCUGAUAGAAAUUUAUCAUGAUUGUUAAUUUUUGCCCGUCCAGUUGACAUUGAACUUUAACAAUGUCCAUAUUUUAAUAAUAGUUUAAAAUAUUCUGUGCCACCAUUUAAUAUGAGUGAUUUUAAUUGUUUUUAAAAACAUAUUUGCAAUUCAUAAAAUAGUACUGUUCAGAAAAGAAUAUAUGACUAGCAAUUUUUUAUUUUGCACUGAUUCAGUCAUAGCAACUGCCUGCAUUUUGGAUCUCUGGGAGAACUACAGUCCUCUGAACUUACAUUAAACAUUGUUUAUAUGAUUAUUCUUUAGGCAGAAUCAGAUACUGCCAAGACAAAAUUCUUGCCUGAAACGGAAUGCAAAUUAGCACAGGCUGCUUUUAAAAAAAAAUUGGGUUUGAUUAAUUUAUUUUGAAAAUGUUAAUGUAUAGUGAUUGUAUGGCAAAUUCCUUGAAACCAAUAAAACUCAAAAGCAUACUUAAAUAACUAGCUGCUAACUCUGAAUUGCACAACAAUUGAAAUAUACCACAGCGAACCCAAUAUAAUUGGCCAAAAGCUUUGGUAUUUACAUGGUCCAUGGUGAUGGAUUGGCAAUGAGUGAUUUUACAUACUUUGUUAAUGUGUCAAGAGAUCCAAUACUUACUGUGAUCUUCUAUUCCAGAGGACAUAAUAUUGAAUUAAUUUAUCACAAAUCCAGCAUUAUAUUUAUCAAAUGGAUUGUAAUGAACAUAUUUUGAGAAAUGUCUUACAAAACUAGAACAUAUUUAAGAUAUUUACUAUAUAUUUAUGAAAAAAUAAAUUUUUUAACCC